AUGAAUUUUCUCAGCUCUUGCUUUAAUUCGCUUAAGCCUCGAAACGAUGACGAUGCAAUCGAUCGCCUGAAUUAUUAUUACACAUGCCUAAUUAUCCUCUUUCUGUCUAUCACCAUCACGGCGAAACAGUAUGUCGGGCAGCCUAUUCAAUGCUGGGUACCUCCCCAGUUCACGAGUUCGUGGGAGCAAUACGCUGAAAAUUACUGCUUCGUACAGAACACGUUUUGGAUACCGAUGAAAGAACCGAUACCAUCAGACAGACAGCGAGUCAGUGUCUCUCACGUCGGCUAUUAUCAGUGGGUACCGUUCAUUUUAGCUGUUGAAGCGUCAUUGUUCUACGUGCCUUCACUGAUAUGGAAAUUCUUCAAUCGGCGUUCAGGUAAUAAAUGUAAACUAACUAAAAUUAGUUUUGGUUCAUUAAUUUUGCGCUAAAC